AUGUACGCGCACAGAAUCCUGAGCGUCUUGCUUAAAAAGGCCCACCGACGUCACAGGCCCGAAGGGAUGCGAUCUCGAAUUCUGAAAGGGCGGCGGCGAACGCUCAUCCUUGCCCGGCCGCUGGGCACCAUCCCGCCCCCGCGGCUCCCCGCUCUCACACCUUUGAGCGGUGCGGGCUUCUUGCUGCGCCUCUACUUCCAGCCGCCGGCCGAAGGGAACGCCAGCAGUAGCCACAGCCGGAACACCGGGAGGCAGCCGAGCGAGCGCCGGUUGGUCUUCGUCGAGGAGCCGGCCAAAGCGGAGAGCUGUCCGCAGCGGAGCGCCUGGGCCUCGGAUGUGGAGCCGCCGGCCGAAGGGAACGCCAGCAGUAGCCACAGCCGGAACACCGGGAGGCAGCCGAGCGAGCGCCGGUUGGUCUUCGUCGAGGAGCCGGCCAAAGCGGAGAGCUGUCCGCAGCGGAGCGCCUGGGCCUCGGAUGUGGAGGUGCUGGGCCCGCUCUUGCCCGGAGGCUCGGCUGGCUCGGCGUUGGUCGAGUUGUGCGCCGCGCUGCAGGCCGGCCACAGCCCGCUGCCCGAGGCAAGCCAAGGGGUGCCCUGGCUGCCGGUGCUGCUCUGCACGGGCGUCGUCUUCUUGGGCGGCGAGGUCUUGCCCUACUCUGUGUGCUCCCGACACGGACUGGCUAUCGCAGCUCACACGCUCUUCCUGACUCGCCUUCUCAUGGCCGCCACCUUCCCCAUCUGCUACCCGCUCAGCCUCCUGCUGGACUGGGCCCUGCACCAGGAGCUGAGCACCUUCUCCACCCGGGAGCGCCUGUUGGAGACCCUUCGCGCUGCAGACCCCCAUGGCGACCUGGUGAGUCAGGAGCUGGCCAUGGUGCAAGGGGCCCUGGAGCUCCGUACCAAGGUGGUUGAAGAUAUUUUGACCCCAUUGAGUGACUGCUUUAUGUUGCGGUCUGACGCCAUCCUGGACUUUGCCACCAUCUCCGAGAUCUUGCGCUCAGGCUACACGCGCAUCCCAGUCUACGAAGGGGACCAGCGAGACAACAUUGUUGACUUGCUGUUUGUCAAGGACUUGGCCUUCGUGGAUCCUGAUGACUGCACCCCGCUGCAGACGGUCACCCGGUUCUACCACCGCCCUCUGCACUGUGUCUUCAAUGACACCCGCCUAGAUGCGCUGCUUGAGGAGUUCAAGAAGGGUAAAUCACACCUGGCAAUUGUGCAACGAGUGAAUAAUGAAGGGGAAGGAGACCCUUUCUAUGAGGUGAUGGGGAUUGUCACUCUUGAAGAUGUGAUUGAAGAGAUAAUCAAAUCGGAGAUUCUGGAUGAGACAGACCUUUAUACUGACAACCGGAAGAAGGAGCGGGCUCCCCAUCGUGGUAGGAAACCUCAUGACUUCUCCAUUUUCCGCCUAUCGGAUAGUGAGAUGAGGGUGAAGAUUUCCCCACAACUCCUGCUGGCCACACACCGCUUCAUGGCUACAGAGGUGGAGCCUUUCAAGACCCCAUAUUUGUCAGACAAGAUCCUGCUUCGGUUGCUCAAACACCCAAAUGUCAUCCAGGAGAUGAAAUUUGACCACAAGAACAAGCAAGCACCUGAGCACUACCUGUACCAGCGCAAUCGGCCAGUUGACUACUUUGUACUCAUUCUUCAGGGAAAAGUGGAAGUGGAAGUAGGGAAAGAAGGCCUACGUUUCGAAAAUGGAGCCUUCACAUAUUAUGGUGUCCCAGCCAUCAUGACUGUUACCUGCUCAGAUAACGACGUUCGCAAAAUGAGCAGCCUGGCUGGGUCAUCUUUCCUGUUGCCAGUGUCCGUCUCCCGUUCCUUUGCCUUCACCAGAGGGGAAUCUUUGGCUGGCUCCCCAGUGAACCAGUCACCAUCUCGUUGCAGUGGAUUAAACCGCUCUGAGUCACCCAUUCGAGAACGCAACGACUAUGGAGGAAGCAGUACCCAGCUUCACAGUGGUAGCAGCAACAACAUCUACACGCCUGAUUACUCCGUCCACAUCCUUUGUGAUGUACAGUUUGUCAAGAUCACUCGGCAACAGUACCAGAAUGCGUUGGCUGCAAGCCGAAUGGAUAGCUCACCCCAGACUCCUGACAUGGAGGUUUUCAAUGAUGGAGACUCCACAAAGCCUCCCUCAACAGUCAGAGGCACCCCACAGACUCCCAAGGAUGACCCUGGUCUUCUCCUGAAUGAGCAAAGCACCAUUGUGGUUAGCCAGUCAGAUGGGCGUCUGAAGAGCCCCACAGAUUCUGUGUUCCUACACAUGGAGGGGAUCUCUCACAUCCAACAGGGGUCAGCAAGUGGCACAGAAACUAAUAUACAACAAAAAAAUGAGGGCUGUUUUGUCAGGCUGGAACAUGAAGUCUGCAACAGAGAAAUGGAAUUCACCACUUCUCCUAGUGGCCCCGAGGAACCCCUGGGCAAGAAGCUGCUUCGAACCCUUAGUGGAAUAAAAAGAAAGCCCUCGGCGGACAGCGAAAAGAGUGCAGAUGAUAAUACUAACUUCACAUCUCUCUUCACAUGAGUGGCAACGUGGUAUUGCUCCUCCCACAGGUCAGCAGCAUGACAGCCGACCGUGGUAAGAUUCAUGUGUGCGUGAUGGCACCUGCUUCUUUCUCACAUCAACUAAUCCCCUGCCUCCAGGGCUUGCAAGUCAGAGAGCAGCCCUUUGAGCUCAAGAGGGGACACCAGCACACAGAGAUUGCUGAGCACCAAGGCUCAGUGAAAGGUGGAAAUGAGAAGAAACCAACCGAUCGGGUAUCCCUGUGGGCAGCUCAGCAGGGCAGUACCAUCACCCCCUCUCACAAAAUUACUUCCAUUGGAGUAAUGACCAAGGGGAGGGGAGUGGCACACAGCCAGCUCUCCUUCCUGUUGGAAGUUCCUCUUGCAUGGUCCAGCUCCCUACCUGGACCUCUGCGCAUGUUUGUUUGUUCAACAGCAGCAUCACACCAUACACAGUAUUCAUGUGCAUUACCUAGAUUUGUCCUGACCCAUUGGUAUUUGUAACCAGCACCUCUGGGCUGAAGUGCAGAUCCAUGCACUGAUCACCUUCUGACUUGUGAGCGCCAAGCAACACUAACAUGGACACUUGGCCAUAGAACAACAAAACCCCAGCCUCCAGGGCAAUUUAGAGCAGAGGAAGUUUUGACAUCAGGCAUCUGUAAGGGAAAAAUAAAAUGUACUUGUUCUACAUUAAACCAGUCCCUUUCACAUAUAUAUUUGGAUGGGUAUUAUAGGGAGGAAGGGCGAGUGAAAAGGCACAGCAACAUAGGAGGGACUGCCAGGAGAGUUCUGCUUUUCAGGUCCUGAGUGUGCAAGUGGAGGUUGAGUCUAUCUAUGGAACAUAGUUCCAAACAGGUUUUUGCUUGUAUGGCAUCACAGAGGUUUCAAGGGCAGUUUGUUCUUUUGCUCUUGGUUGGCAUCCAAUGCUAGAACCGCAUCACCUCUCACUAAAACUUCCUUAAUUUCCCAGUGAGAUUGGUACAUUUCUGCUAGUGCUCAGUAACAUUAAAAGAAGUAAUUCUCUGCCGUAAAAGGAAUAGCAAAAAACAAACAAAAAACUCAGCAGCAGAAGCCUAUCUGUAUCUAUUCAGAGGUAAGACUGAGCCCAAUGAAAACUCAUCCCCAGUUAAAUGUAUAUGAAACUAUCUCGAAAGUUCUUCCUUUGUUAUUCAAAUCCUGGUUUCUUAUCUUGAUUCUCCUAAGAUACUCUCCUUUCUUGAAAGAUCCCCCAUUUUGUUUUUCCCUUUCUGUGAUGGAUAUUGCCAAGAGGUUCAUGUUGGUGCCUGAUUGGAAAUACAGUGGUGCCCCGCAUAGCGACGAUAAUCCGUGCAGCAAAAAUAGCUGCAA